ACAAGACAAAUUAACCACUCACUAUACUACUCCCAAACAAAACCCUAAUUUUAAUUUCACAAAUCCUAAAUUCUCUCUCUGUUCUUCACAGAUUCUCUCUUUCUUUAAGGGUUUGAUUCUUUUCAGUUAGUAUUCACAAACGCCUCAACUAAUUUAAGAUUUCAUCGAGUGGUUUACUCGAUUGAAACACAAUGGGUGCUUCAGGAAAAUGGAUGAAAGCUUUGAUUUUGAAGAAAUCGGAUAAGAUUGAUCAGGAUAAGGUGGCGAAGAGUGGGUCGAAAUGGAAGUUAUGGAGGAGUUCUUCGGGGGAGAUCGGUUCGGGUUGGAAGGGGUUUAAAGGAAACUACAGGGGAGCGGGAUCGGAUGGGUCGGAUUCGGGGUCGGUUGUUGGGUCUGAUGUGUUUUCUGCUGCUGUUGCUACGGUUGUUCGGGCUCAACCGAAAGAUUUUAAAGUUGUGAGGAAAGAAUGGGCUGCGAUUCGGAUCCAGACUGCUUUUCGUGGCUUUUUGGCGAGACGUGCGUUAAGAGCUUUGAAAGGAGUGGUGAGGCUGCAAGCUUUGGUCAGAGGGCGACAGGUUAGGAAGCAAGCGGCUGUGACGCUGCGCUGCAUGCAGGCGCUGGUCCGAGUUCAGGCUAGGGUCCGGGCUCGACGGGUUCGUAUGUCUAUUGAAGGUCAAGCUGUUCAAAAUAUGCUCAAUGAACGUCGCACACAAGCGGAGCUCUUAAAAGAGGCUGAGGAAGGAUGGUGUGAUCACAGGGGAACACUGCAGGAGGUUAAAGCAAAGAUUCAAAUGAGGCAAGAAGGUGCCUUUAAACGUGAACGAGCUCUAGCGUAUGAUCUUGCUCAGAAGCAACGGAAGUCAAACCCCGGGUUGGACUCCAAAACAAGUGGUUCAUUAGCAUCUGUCAAGAACCAACAGUUCGAUACGAACAAUUGGGGAUGGAGUUGGUUAGAGCGUUGGAUGUCGGCUAAGCCAUGGGAGAAUCGGUUAAUGGAACAAGGUCAAACCGACCCACUGGAAACAACUCCACCUUCAUCCAAACUUUAUGCUGAAAGCCAAGAAAUUAGUAAGAAAUCAUCAGAACCCGAGUUGGUCAAAGUCAAACGAAACAACAUGACCACUAGAAUAUCAGCAAAGCCACCUCAAAUCGCUGGUCAACGCACUACUCGGUCAACGUCUAGCCCGAGUUCUGAGCUCGUAUACGAUGAGAGCUCCGGUUCUUCAUCUCUUUGCACAUCCACCGCAACUCCAAUUUCCACGGACCGAACUUCGCAAAAAGUCAACAAUAAUAACUAUAAACCGAGUUAUAUGAGUUUGACUGAAUCGACAAAGGCUAAGCAAAGAAACCCGUCUCCAAGAAUCUACAGGCAGUCAAUGGAUGACUUUCAGUUUCUUAAAAACUCAGGGGUGUUAUGCAGCGUGGACUCGAAUGGUAGCAACUGUUCUGAUCCUUCUUCGGUUAAUUUGUCAAUGUCUAGACCGCAAGUGGAGACAGGUUCAAUGAACCUGAGGAACAAGAGGUGCUAUGCUUGAUGGUGAUGGUGAUGGUAAUCAAUGUAUUGAAUUUGAGUUUGUUGCCAAGUUCAACAGCUUGUUGUUCUUUGAUUAUUAUCGUUUGCUUGCGUGUAAAGUAGUGUACGGUGUGUAAUUGGAGUUGUUUGAUGUUUUUGGUUUUCAAUUCGUUUGUUUAAAUAAUUAUUUAUUUUGGCUUGCUGUUUUA